UUUACACACUCAUGACCAGCACGUGCGGACUUACCAGAGUGAACGAACCGUUAAGGGCCAUGGCUAAACCAAGUGGUGGCCGUCGCUGGCCUCUGCUUCGGGCUCAAGUUCAAGUUCCAGAUCAUCUCGAUCCCGCUCAAGUUCGAGUCCUUGGAGGUCUCUUUCGCGCUCCCAUUCCCACUCAAGAUGGGCGUCGUCUUCUUCUCCCUCGCGCCGUACAUGUCAUCGGAAAAGCCCCAAGGGACCUGCCCAAGCGAGGUCGCUAUCCCCAAUCUAAACGAACCUCAAGGAAAGCUUCAGCUUUUCUAGAAUCUGUUGUUCUUCAUAUUGAUACCCUGAGCAGGAAUGUGAAUGAAAGGCCAUCUGAAAGAAAUACUCGGCUCAAAUUGAUGGAAAUGUUGUUAGAGCAAAGUUCACGCUAACGCCAGAAAGUAUCUCCGCCUCCUGAACCUGAUAAUGUUGGUGCUGACACUGAGAAAGAUUCCACCACGACGGUCGGGAGAUUCAGCUCUACCGCGGAUUGGAGACUCUAGCCCUUCUCCGUGGAGGUACACCGCCCAGGCGCAGGCCUACUAGAAGACAUUCUCCUCUUCCAUUUAGGCGACGGUUACCUCUAAGGCCAUCUUUGCAGCUAUCCGAGAAGAUCUGCAGUCCGCAGACGUAACCGUACCAAUUCGUAGGCCUGCUCGUUCUCGUUCAAGGUCAAUACCACGCGGCUGGGGAAGAGGUCCAGCUGGAAGACGUAGAAGGUCAUCUUCCUACUCUAGUUCUAGUUCCCGUAAGGCUCCUAGGUGGAUAUCAAGGAGCCGCAGUCCUAGGAGGUCUUUGAGAGGAAGAAGAGGGAACAGCAGUAGCAGCACACGGCCACCUCGCAAAACCCAAGUAUCGUUUCUUCAAUCUCCAUGAAGAAAGCUUGGAGGGACCAAAUGAGAGAGACCUUGCAGGGACUUGAAGCAGUAGGCUCACGUAGUGAUGGAUUUGUGUAAGCUUCUUUUAAGAAGAACGCAUAAGCUGUUGUCUAAUCUCUACUUUUGAUUCAAACUGAUUAAACCAAUUCUUGAUCUGGUGAAAGUGAAUCAGUGAUCUGACAACAACAACCACCACCUUUGUCUUUGUCUUUUUGGUUGAAGUUAAUGUGGUUCAUGAUCUGAUGGUAACAAGUCAGUACAUUUCGAUGAAUAGCUCUCCUCGUAUUCAUGUACAUUUAUAAAAUAAUAUAUA